UUUGAUGAUGGAGGAGCGGCGGUGACUUCGGCCCACGGCAGCCGGACUGAGAGGCGCUCACGACGCGGAAUGAACGCUCCGUGUUUGGGGGGGAGAAGAGGACGGACACCCGGCUGUGUUGAACAUAAACAUCAUCACGGAGGCUUGUGUGAACAUAACGUUGCAGCUUCGACAGUGACGAUGCGUCCGCUGCUUCCACAACGUGAAAAUCCGGCUGAAUAAACCGGGGCUGCAGGCUGCAGGGGACACAUCGCUGGAGAUGGACUUUAGGUGUGACUAAUGCUGCCUCCCAUCCUCGCUGUCUGAACAUGCUGCUCGCGUAGCGAAGCCGACCGUGAGGAGUGUCUGCCCUCUUACAAUCCUUCCCCUCUGGAUACAAACACAUUGCUCAAUUCAAGCACAACCAUGCUGAUCAAGGAGUAUCGUAUCCCCAUGCCGCUGAGCGUGGAGGAGUACCGCAUCGCUCAGCUCUACAUGAUCCAGAAAAAGAGCCGAGAGGAGAGCUGCGGCGAGGGCAGCGGGGUGGAGAUCCUAGAGAACAAGCCUUAUGAGGACGGACCCGGGGGUUCGGGUCAGUACACACACAAAGUCUAUCACAUCGGCAAACACAUCCCGUCCUGGUUCUGUGCCAUCCUGCCUCAAGCUGCUCUACGAGUGGAGGAGGAGUCCUGGAACGCCUACCCCUACACACGGACCCGGUAUACUUGUCCUUUUGUGGAGAAAUUCUCAAUAGACAUCGAGACGUACUAUAAACCAGAUACUGGAAACCAGGUGGAUGUCUUCAAUCUGUCCUCUGCCGAGAAGAGACAGAGGACGAUAGACCCCAUAGACAUCGUCAAGGACUACAUUGCUCCUCAUGAGUACCUGGUGGAAGAAGACCCAAAGCUGUAUCAGUCUGUGAAGACGAAACGCGGCCCUCUGUCUGAUGACUGGAUCGAGGAGAUCAACCAGAGCCCAGGCCGCUGUCCUGUUAUGUGUGCCUACAAACUCUGUAAGGUGGAGUUCAGAUACUGGGGCAUGCAGUCCAAGAUCGAACGCUUCAUACACGACGUGGGUCUGCGUAAAGUCAUGGUUCGGGCUCACAGACAGGCAUGGUGCUGGCAGGACGAGUGGUAUGGCCUCACCAUAGAGGACAUCCGGCAGCUGGAGCUGGAGACGCAGCUGGCUUUAGCGAAGAAGAUGGCCCAGUACAGCCUCAACGAGGAGGGCGGACCAGAGACCAAUGGCUCCUCUGUGAACCAGGAUCAGGAUCAGGGAGCGGACGUGGGGGGGUCGACUGCAGAGACAGAGGGCGAAGGAGUGGGGAAGCUGGGAGAUGCACUGGAGACACGAGGGGAGCUUACCAAGCAGUGGUCCACCUCCUCCAGGUCGUCCAACAGAUCAUCAAAGAGAGGAGGGAGUCCGUCUCAUCAGAGCAUCUCAGAGUGGAGGAUGCAGAGUAUCGCCAGAGAUUCUGAGGACAGCACAGACGACGAGUUCUUCGAUGCUCACGAGGACUUCUCAGACAAUGAGGAGAUGUUUGCCAAAGAGAUCACAAAGUGGAGCUCCAACGAUCUGAUGGACAAGAUUGAAACGAUAGAGGUGGACGAAGCUCACGAGACGUUGUACCAGGAGUCUGGCGGGGAGUACGCCGUGAUGAGUAACGAGGAGAGGGUCAUGGAGAAUUGCUCAUCUCAACAGUGCGUCCAGCCAUCUAAAAUUCAUGUCCUCGUUCUGGUCCUUCAUGGAGGAAACAUUCUGGACACCGGCUCUGGCGAGCAAAACAGCAAGCAGGGAGAUGGAAACACUCUGAGUGGAGCCUUUGAGACCGUGAUGAGGGUCCAUUACCCCGCCGCUCUGGGCCGCAUCGCCAUCCGGAUGGUCCCAUGUCCUGCUGUUUGUGUUGACGCAUUCUCGCUCGUCUCAAACCUGAGUCCCUACAGCUACGACGAGGGAUGUCUAUCCAACAGUCAGGAUCACAUCCCUCUGGCUGCUCUGCCUCUUUUGGCCACAUCCGCACCGCAGUACCAAGACGCUGUCGCAACCGUCAUCCUACGAGCCAAUCAGGUGUACAGUGACUUCAUUAAGUCUUUAGAAGGAGAGACUUUUAACGGCCAGGUGUGUGUCAUUGGGGACUGUGUCGGGGGGAUUCUGGGGUUUGACGCUCUCUGCAGCAGCUCUGUGAUCGUCUCAGAAAGCCAGAACAGCAGCAGACGGGGCAGCGCCAUCAGUGUUCAGGACACAGAUCUUCUUUCUCCAGGUAUUGUCAUAAACAGCGUCUCUCCUUCAUCGCCAUCCCUUGAAGGAAGCCGCCAUCUCAGCCGCAGCAACAUCGACAUCCCUCGCAGCUCCGGGCCUGAUGACCCCAAGAGGCAACUUCCACGCAAACGCAGCGACUCGUCGACGUACGAGCUGGACACCAUCAAACAUCACCAAGCCUUCUUGUCCAGUCUUCACUCCAGUGUUCUCCAUGGGGAGCCCGGAUCACGGCGCUCCAGUAACAGCACCAUGCUGGAGGGAGGAUCUUUGGGAAAGUUCGACUUCGAGGUGACAGACUUCUUCCUCUUCGGCUCUCCUCUGGGGCUGGUGCUCGCACUGAGGAAGACUGUGGUGCCCUCAUUAGAUGUGUCUGCUCUGCGUCCGGCCUGCCAGCAGGUCUACAACCUGUUCCAUCCAGCCGAUCCCUCUGCGUCCCGCCUGGAGCCGCUCCUGGACAAACGAUUUCACCUGCUGCCUCCUUUCAGCGUUCCCCGUUACCAGCGCUUUCCUCUGGGUGACGGACACUCCGCUCUCCUGGUUGACACCAUUCAGAGUAACCCUCAGCUUCUGAUGGAGUCGAGUGGCUCAGCAUCACAGCGCUGUCAGGAAAACACCGUCAAUGAGACGUCUAUCCCUGUGCCUGUUUUAAACUGGCAGAGCUCACAGCUCCACUCUGAGACGGAUUCUCCUCACUCUCACAUGGUUGUGGACAGUCAGUAUCCCUUCUCCACAUCACCUGGAGUCCCUCACCAUCGGUGUAACCGUAGGGCGAGCGAGGCCAGCCUGGCCAGCCAGGUGUCCGGGUUAGCCGACUCUUACACCGCCUCCAACAUCGCAACCAUUGCUUCUCGAUGGUGGGGCAGUAAGAGGAUGGACUACGCCCUGUACUGUCCAGACGCCCUGACAGCUUUCCCCACAGUGGCUCUGCCUCAUCUCUUCCACGCUUCGUACUGGGAGUCCACAGAUGUUGUCUCUUUCUUAUUACGACAGGUGAUGAGACAUGAGAACUCCAGUAUCUUAGAGCUGGAUGGGAAAGAAGUGUCUGAAUUUACGCCAUCCAAACCUCGAGAAAAAUGGCUACGAAAGAGGACUCAUGUAAAAAUCAGGAAUGUGACGGCGAACCACCGUGUGAAUGAUGCUGUGUUCACGGAGGACGGAGCCCAGAUGGUCACGGGGCGUUUCAUGUACGGCCCUCUAGACAUGGUCACCCUCACUGGAGAGAAGAUUGACAUCCACAUCAUGACCCAGCCUCCCUCUGGAGAGUGGGUGUACUUUGACACAGAGCUCACCAACAGCAGUGGACGCAUCUCUUAUGUAAUCCCUGAGAGCAAGAGGCUGGGUAUUGGAGUGUAUCCUGUCAAAAUGGUGGUCAGGGGUGACCACACAUUUGCAGACAGCUAUCUCUCCAUUGUCCCCCGAGGAACAGAGUUUGUCGUGUUCAGUAUUGACGGAUCAUUUGCUGCCAGCGUGUCGAUAAUGGGCAGUGACCCAAAGGUUCGAGCAGGAGCUGUAGACGUGGUGAGGUACUGGCAGGACUUGGGCUACAUGAUCGUGUAUGUAACAGGUCGCCCUGACAUGCAGAAGCAGCGUGUGGUAGCCUGGCUUUCCCAGCAUAACUUUCCUCAUGGUAUCGUCUCGUUCUGCGACGGGCUGGUUCACGACCCGCUCCGGCACAAGGCCAACUUCCUCAAAGUACUCAUUAAUGAGGCUCACAUGAGGAUCUUUGCAGCAUACGGCUCCACCAAGGACAUCUCUGUGUACUCGACUAUUGGCCUGCCUCCAUCACACAUCUACAUCGUGGGACGGCCCACAAAGAAGAUGCAGCACCAGUGUCAGUUCAUCCCAGAUGGCUACGCCUCCCACCUCUCCCAGCUGAAGUACAACCAGCGAUCUCGUCCCGCCAAGUCGCCCAGCAGCCGCAUGGUCCUCCGCAAGGGCAGCUUCGGUCUGGGCGCAGCUGGGGGAGACUUUGUCCGUAAACGGAACCACAUCUUUCGCACCAUCUCCUCUCAGCAAUCCGGAGGGGCGGGGUCUGCCUCCCCCAACCAGUCAUGCCGGACCGAGCGCACGCUGAGCCAGUGUGAGGUGGAGCGGGAUCGAGUCAUCUCAGCCGCCACGCAAAGGAGUAUGAGCAUAGCUGCGGGAUGCUGGGGCCGCAGCGGGAGCACCAAGGAGGGCAGCGGAGGGUUACACGGCCAUAAGUGAGACUUGGAACGGGGCUGUGGAAUAGAAGGACUCCGCCUGUGCCACCAUGAUCUCUGGACUGAGGAAAAUUUGGAGGAAGAGGAAGUUAACGUAGGGUUUGUAUUUUAGAAACUAAAGGGGAAAAACACAGAGCAGGAUCCGUCCAGGAGGAGUGGAUUCAACAGGCCAAGAGGAAUCCAGAGAACAGCAGAUGGUUCUGUAGCAUGACUCUUUUACAGUAAUACUUUUAUAGGAAGCAUCACUAAUUAUUCAAAAGACAAGGAUUAACAGAAAUAUUGUAAGCCUUAACUAAUCUCGUGUAACGGGACAAACCCUUCACCUCCCUUAUCCAAACUCACACUGUCCUAGCAUUCACACUCAUGAGCUCAGGACGAACUGCAGAUUCAUCAUCACACUGGCCAGUUUAAAUGGCAGCCACGGUGGAAAGCCACCAAGAUUUGCUUUGUUUCUGUUCCAUUGUCAGCUAAAAAAAAAAACAAAACAAAACACGUUUUUAACACCACAGUUUACCCAGCUAUGACUGGCAAUAACAUCACAGACAAAGAAAGACAGGAAAGAGAUAAAGAUCCAUGUUUUCAGAGUUAGUUCAUCCAAAUUACCAAAAAGAGGACGUGAUUGUUAUUUAAAGAGUUGAAAAAGUUGUUGCAUAAAUCUGUAUAUAGCCAAGUUUGUGUGCAGACUAAAUGAAUUAGACUUUUUCUAAUGCUGCCUGCAUUGCUUGAUUUACUAAAGUAAGUGAGAAAAUAUGACUUUUGAAUUAAUUUGGAUGAACCGACGUUUUAUUAAACUCCAAGAGCUGCGUGUCAAAUCAUAAGGUACAUCAUGGUAUUUAUAUUUAAUAAUACAAUCCUAUCAGGUUGCUUGUGUAUUUUGUGUGACACUUUGUAGUGUUUUCUCUCUGUGUGGCCUCUGGGCCAUCAGAUCCAAGGCCUUAAUAUCCCAACAAGACACUUUCUCCACAGCUGGAACAGGAAGCAGAAAAAAACAGGGCAUGCAGCAUUAAAGCAACAACUAAAACUCUGUACAGUCCACAGCAACAAUCCCUUUAUAGAUUCAUCUGCUUGCAAUACCUCGGAUCCACCUGCUGGUGGCAUUCUGUUUCCUACAUGUGCUGCUGCAGGGAGAAACUCCAGUUCCCCGGCUUUAUGCUCUCUCGCUCACAGGAUAAGAAGGAAGGCUUUUUCAUGUUUUGUUUCUGGCUGGACCCUGAGAGAAGGACAGGCAGUCUUUCCUUAUGAUUCUCACAUUCAGAGACCUGGUAAACUUUCAGUGUUUUACCAACUGGACUGAAGAAUGGACAAGAAUUGAUUCAGCGUGAACGCUGAACAGACUGGACCUUCAACCUUUCCAUGAUGAAUGUGGACGUGCCCUGAUGAGAGCUACUAUUAAAUGCUUUUAUCUACGGAACUGUUCAGUACAAAACGGACAAAAAAGAAGCCACUUCACACCUAAAAUCACAAACUCUGAGAAAACUGUCAAGAUGUUCCUGUUCUGAUGCCAACCUUACUCAACGAAAGGUUCACAAUUUUUCAAGUCAGUCCUCAGAAACAAUUGGAUGCCCUUGUUUGCUUGCUUUUGUCUUUCCUUGUUUUCAUACUGGCUUAGAAAUAUUUUUCGUGCUUCAACAGAAGUUAAUGCAGAACAGAUGCACCUCCUCUUGCAUAUUCAUAACUUUCUAUUUCUUUACAAAGAACCCUACAUCAAGGGGUUCUCAACUUCUCAACCACCCAAAAUAAAGGUGCCAGAAACCAGGGACCCCAACUGUACCCUAGGGUUGUGAGCUAUAGUUGAACACAGUCAUGCACAUUCAAGAACAGUCAUGUGCAGAUGUACUUUUUAACGAUUUUAUAAACAUUACUUUGAUUAGAGAGUAAAUCUCACCAAAUUACCAUGAUUUUUUUAAAAAUAUAGUCUGGGGCUUUUCAUGCCUUUAUUUCUAGAGAGGAAGACAGUGGAUAGAGUCGGAAACAAGGAUGAGAGAGAUGCGGCAAAGAAGCCACAUGCUGGGGCCACGUACAUGGGGUGCAACCUAACGGCAAGGCCAACUGCACCCUAUGUUUUUAUUUUACAUUAAACUAAUUUUAUGCAUAUUUUAAAGAAAAUUGCUAAAAUGUACCCUUUGAAAUCAUAUGAAAAUAUUCUUUAUUUUUUGAAAGGCAUCUGGCGACCCCCUCUCAGUGUUUCACGACCCCUAAGGGGGUCCUGACCCCCAGGUUGAGAACCUCUGGCCUACAUGAUAAGACACGUUCAUCUUACUGGAUAGAUAUUUGGGUCUCAUAUGUUUAUUGAACAAAACAACCUCACUAGAUAACUGCAUUUUGAGAACUUUUGAAAUUCUAAUCUCACCAGGAGGCCACCAUGUUUAAGUAUGCCAGGUGGUGUGAUGUCAUCUGGCUUCAGCGGUCCUCUGCCUGUACCAUAUCUAUGCAUCAGUUGGCCAUCAAACCUAUUUAUUAUGAAGAUGAUUGCACCUUUAGUGAGGAGAAAAUCAUGAAGACAUUACUCUGAGUGUAAAUUGAAGUAAAUGUAGUCAUAGAGGCAAAAAGAUGGCGAGUUGAGCUGAUAUUAUAGUGUCUGUAUUAGUACCUGCAGAGAGAGAGAGAGCCCACCUGGAUCACUUUAGAGUUGUUACUAGAGUCGUUAACCUGGAUUCACCAGAAGGUGUUUCCUCCUGGACCUCUCUCGGUUUGCCAUGUCUGCGUUGUUUAGAUUGCCGUUUAGGGCCAACCCCUUUUCUACUCCUUUCUCUUGUCCCUCGAAACAGAGUGGUAGGGUAAGGGGUGAAAACAUUCCCCGAAGAAACGAGAUGCCACUUGAUUGCUGUUAUGUCAUCACACAUCGCCUAUAAAUAGCUGCGUCAACAGAGGUGAUAAAAGUUGACAUAAACAAGAUGCCCUCGUCAAAUCUGGUACAGUCAAUAAAGUUUGGAGCAUCUUUUUCAUACUAGGGAUCUCUGUAUCGAUCUUCUUCAUGUAGUCUGUUGUGCCAUUUCCCAGUGAACAUGGUGCAUGGUGGGAAAUUCAUCAUCCCCUCAGUUUCAAGUGUGGUCCUAAAAAAUCAGCGUUUCUAGGGCUAUGUAGCCCUUAGCUCUAGCCCCUGAUUCAAAAGAGAACUGAAAUACCCCUUUACCUGACCUGAACGUGCAAAACUAAGGGGAACGACUAAGAUAAGGAUGGUUUUCCAGCUUCCUCCUUGGCACCACUCUCAAACCAGCUGUCUUCUCUGGGUAGAAUCCUAAUGUUGCUCGCAAUGGCAUUUGUGUAAAGGCUGUUUGGUUUGAAAAGUCUAACCAGGCAAUUUUGGCUGAAUUCUUAAAACUGAAGACAUGAACCAGGUUACAUGGAACAUUCGCAGAAAGAAUAUCACUGCAUUUCAUUCUUGCCAUCCAAUGUUAUGAACAAUUUAUCAUGUGAUUUUUCUUUAUAUGUACAGAGACUCAUGAUAAAGGCUUGCUGUUGCUACAUACAAGAGAUACCACUAUCUAUCCAGUAUGGUGAAUUUGUCUGAUCAUGCUGGGAUAGCCUAAAUGUUAGUUUUUCUCAGAAGAAUUGAAAUUAAUAGGACAUCUGAACAAAUUGUAGCUCUUUCAAAAACGUAACUGUUGUUUUUAGACACCAGAAAUUAUAGCAGUCUAAUUUCUCAUCAGAUAUGCAUUAGGUCUAAGAUGGAGAGUGUACCUAGGAAUAGGGCAUUUUUUAGCCUUUGUCAUUGGUGGUGUACCACAGGGCUCAGAUCUACAGUCAUGGAAAAUUAUUAGACCACCCUUAUUUUCUUCAAUUUCUUGUUCAUUUUAAUGCCUGGUACAACUAAAGGUACAUUUGUUUGGACAAAUAUAAUGAUAACAACAAAAAUAGCUCAUAAGAGUUUAAUUUAAGAGCUGAUAUCUAGCAAUUUUCCAUGGUUUUCUUGAUAAUAAUCAAAAUUACUUAAGUUCUUACAUCAAUAUCAAUGGCAUUGUACUGCCAAAAACAGUGCUUUUAGGCAUUCCAUGUUUUCUUUUCUGUCUGUUAGUCACAUGACACACACAGGAGUUAGUACUUGAUUGCAUAACCAUUGUUUUUGAUGACUGCAGCCAUGCGUCUUGGCAUGCUCUCCACCAGCUUCUGACAUUGUUCUGCUGUCACAGCAGCCCAUUCCUGUUGCAAAAAUUCAACCAAAUUUGCUUUGUUUUUGGGCUUGUGGUUCUCCAUUUUGAGUUUGAUGAUGUUCCACAGGUUUUCAAUUGGAUUUAGAUCUGGUGAUUGAGCAGGCCAAGGCAUGGUUCGAAUGUUCUGGUUCUCCAUCCAGGCUUUAACUGACCUUGCCGUGUGGCAAGGAGCAUUGUCUUGUCUACCAUGUUCGGCUUGCUUUUUUUUGGUGGAAUGAACGGCUGUCUUGGAGAUCUUCAGUUUUUUGGCUACCUGUCUCUGACUCAUACCAAUUUCCAGCAGUGCCAAGAUGGCUGCCUUUGUGGCUUCACCUAAUUCUUUUGUUUUAGGCAUUAUGUUAGAGCUGACAACUUCUGAGUUGUGCUACAGCUUGAAUGUAAGCAGUAAACCACUCUAGGCCUUUGCAUGUGCAGUGCUGCAUAUGACAUGAAAUGGCCUCUUAUCUACCCUGGGAAUACAAUUAAGCUUAAGCAUGUCAAAUAGGACAUAAAGUAUUAUGGAAUCAGCUGCAUUUUUUGUCAUGUUCAUUGUAUUCUUCAGGUAGUGUACCUUUAGUGGUAUCAGGCAUUAAAAUGAACAAGAAAUUGAAGAAAACAAGGGUGGUCUAAUAAUUUUCCCCAUGACUGUAGGUCAGGUUUAUUUUCUUUAUAUUUCUCUCAGCAGAAUAACAGUCACAAUCUUACUCAAAACUAUGCUAAUGACACCAAAUAGAAAAUUGUUAUAGACUGACCCUAUCUAUUUGCACAGAGGCAGUCCAAGCACUGCAUGAAUAUCCUUUAUGUUUAAAAAAAAAAAAAAAAAAAGCACAAUCCGAGCAAAGUGGAGACCAUUUUCUUGAGAGUCUGUCUUUACAUUUCCUUAUAUAUGCUGAAUAUUUUUCAGACUUUAAAAAAUCAUGAAAAACACAAUGAAGGGGUCCUUUAUUGCCGGUAUGAACAAGAGUUAAACAAAAGCAGGCAAACAUAUUCUUAAUGUUCCAGUGGACACCUGUGUAUUGUCUUAGGUCAGACUGAGAAAUGUGAAAUAAUCCUUUAAACCCUUAAGAGCUUCUGAAUUAAGAGUGUGUAGAGAGGUUGAACAUCUGGUUCACUUUAUCUAACUAUGCUUUUAUUUUAUUCUUAGCUUCCACUCAACACAGGAGUGUUUUCCCACUCUGUGUGAUCAGUAAUGUCUUCAACCCACCACAAAAGCCAAAAUCCUUAUUUAAUACUGUAGUCAAUCAACUGUGUAACCUCAUUGUUGUUUUUUGCACUAGUUUACAGUGGAAAUAAUCUGUAGUUACCAUCUCAAGUUUCUGCACGUGAACAACAGUGUAGGACACAGCACUUUUUGUUCAUUUUAGGGUAUACUGUUUCAGCAGGUACGCACACGUCUGUACAUUUUGAAAAUAAUGUAUGUAAAUGUGCCAAAAAUAAGGUUAUGAGGAGUAUUUAAACCAGGGGUUUUCAAAGUCUGACACAAGUCCCCCCCUCUUUAAGUCUGUUGGUUAAUUAUGCACUGGUUUGGAACUUCAGCUCCCAUAAUGCUUUAAGAAACACAAAAAUUGCAACUACAAUUUAUGGCCCAAAUUGUGCAGAGAAACUUAUAAAUUGAUGUUUCAAAGUUUAUUCAUGGUUGACCUUGGAGGAAUAAUAAGCUCGGUAUGGAAAGGCUGCAUUGAUCAAAAAUGUAUUUAAUUUGAACAGAAAAUAAUUGCAAUUUAUGGAAAAGCUUGCUGACAUUUUAGAAUCAUUCAUGAGCAGCCUGUCUAUAGAGCAACUUGCAGGUUGGAAACCCCAAUGAAUCACCUUGUAGGAGAAAAAUAUAUUUACACUUCUUUCAGAAAGUACUCAGACCCCUUUCACUUUUCUCCCAAUUUAUGUAUUUGCCAGCCAGAUGCUGCGGUGGAAAAAAUAUUUUUUUUUAUCGUUAGUGAGCUUCACUCAGUGCCCUAACAUGACAAAGCAAAAACAGAAUUUUUGAAUUUUUUUUGCAAAUUUAUUAAAAAUAAAAAAACUGAAAUAUUGACAUAAAGCAGACCCUUGAAAUUGAGUUCAGGUGCUUCCCAUUUCUCUUGAUUGUUGCUGAGAUGUUUCUUCACAUUGAUUAGAGUCCACCUGUGGUAAAUUAAGUUGAUUGGGCAUGAUUUGGAAAGGCAUAAGUUGAAUCUGCUGCCACACUUUUAGCCACUGUUGCUGCAGCUCUGCAGAUUAGUAACAAAAAUCAACAGAAAGUGCUACAGGCCUAUUUUUGUAUCCCUCCCUUUUCUUUCACCUCUCUUUCCUUUCCAAGGGGGGAGUCGUCUCACAGUUUGAAAACCCCUGAUUCCGACGGUAUUCAACUUCUAUGACAGAAUGAAGGAGUGAGACUACUGAUAACUGAUUAGACUGGAUUUUGAUUGUUGUUGACUUCACCUUCUAAAGUCAAACGUUGCUCAUGUAUGAGAAACAGAGACCUGAGGAUGUCCUUUAUUUAGUGGUGCAAAGGCUGAGUGUGUUGCUGUAAUUAUGGUCAAUAAGCUAUUUUGCAAAAAAAAACUCAUGGACUUGUUCAUUGAGUUUUUGUUGUGCUGUGAGUGGCAGGUUUUUGGCUACAAAGACGUUGGUUCCCCUUUAGCCACCCGGCUGCUCAGUUGAAUGUCUGCCCAUUUGGAUUGUGAGACUGUUCAGGAGCCAUGGAUGUGUCACUGUAUAUACUGUAAAGAUGUAUAUGUAGGACUUCUAUGUUUAAGAGUUAUUUAUUUACCUAAAGGUCAUUACGUUACUCUGGAAAUUUCAGGUAAUAUAUAUUUGAAAUAUGUAGCAUUUUAUUUGUCACUUUGGUGGUCAUUCAGGCUAUGGACCAACACAGGAAGGCUGUUCUUUGUUUUGACCAGUGCAAUAUUCCAAUCACAUCCAGGAAGAACCAUUAUUACAGCAGGGGCACAAAAUACACAAAGCUACAAGCAAGUCGUAGUCUGGAUUCACUUACACCACCUGCUGUUGUGUUUCACACCUCAUAAAAAAGUCUUUGUAUCGGAGCUAAUGUGGAACUCUCUCUUUACAACAGUACACUGCUGAGCAUUUUAUAGGACUUACUGUACCUAUUUUUCAAGUAUUUUACAGACACUUUGAAAUAUAACUGGAGACUGUUUUUUUCAGUCCGCAGUGGGUGCAUGAAGAAAUAAAAUCCCAUAACAAAGCAGCUCUAUCUAACAAGCUGUUGCAUGUAAUCAAGCCAGAUUGGAACUAAUUAACCUUCAUGCUAACAAUAAUAAACAGGUUGUGUUGUCCAAUAUGUCCUCAGUGUUGUCUGAAGCAUACUUUAAAACAUCUGCCGAAUACAUUUGUUUUUUUGUUUUUUUUUCAGGUAUUGCCAUGUGUGGAUAAAAUGUAAAACUUAUGGAAUUCUAUGGAGAUAAGCUUAAUUUCCUU